AGUAAUAUGAAAAGGCCCGUACAAGAAGACAAUAGGGCUUCAUCAGAAACGUCAGAGGAUUCUGAUGAUGGCGACCAGAUCGAAAAAGGUCAUGUGGAGACCGUACCACCGACAAAGCGAUCUAAAUUGUCGAAAGCUGAAUUGUAUAAGCCACCAACAAAUGUAGAACUAACAACACUGAAAGAGACGUCGGCUUUAUACGAAUCAAGUUUAUUUCGUAUGCAAAUAUCAGAACUUAUAGCAGAAGUUACGCCGAAGAGCAAGAAAAACAGUUCCCUGGAGAAAGUGUUGCAUUCUUUGUAUGGAACACUUGAUAAGCUGCCAUCAGGCAAACAAUAUGAUCUUACCGACCAGUCAUGGUUACCAGACGGAAUAGAGGUGCCUAUAAUUCAGGAACCGUGCAAUGGAAAGGGAAUGUUUUUUUUUGAAAAGCCAGCUGCAGUCAAGGUUAUUGGUAGUUACCUUCUUGAGACAUGUACUAAGCCUAACAUGCAUGUAGAUAUUGUUCUACAAAUACCCAAGGUUUGCCUUCAGAGAAAAGAUUAUUUAAAUUUUGUAUACCACAGAAAGAGAGCUCUCUAUCUCGCCUGCAUUGCACAUCAGUUAAAAAAUGUGGAUUAUCUUGAGAAUAUUAAAUAUUCAUACAUGAAUGGAGAUUAUUUUAAACCUAUUCUGAUACUUAAACCAUCAGGAAAAAUCGGCAAAUCCUAUGUCAUAAGAGUGCAUACAUGUCUACCGGAAUCAUUUUGUAAACUCAGUAUUUGCCACCCAGAUAGGAACAAUGUGAGAGUCGAUUGGUUUACAGGAAGGCAAGGAGAGCCAAAUACACCAACACCUCAUUACAACAACUCAAUAGCUAUAGAUCUAUUUAUGGAGCAGCAUCUUCGUCAUCUUUUCAGUGAGAUGGAAGACUUUACUGGAAUGAGGGAAGGUAUCGUCUUGCUAAAAGUGUGGCUUCAUCAGCGACAACUAAAUAAGGGAGUUGGUGGAUUUACAGGUUUCAUAAUGUCAAUGUUGGUUUCAUAUUUAUUGUCUUUGAAGAGAUUGAAUAAACUAAUGAGCAGUUAUCAAGUUUUGAGAAACACAUUAUAUUUCUUGGCUAAUUCCGAUUGGACAAGAAGAGGUAUUAGUCUAUGCAAACAUGAAGAUGAUGAACCAAUCACAGCUGACUAUCACAAGCACUAUGACGUAAUAUUCAUUGACACAUCUGGAUAUGUUAACUUGUGUGCAGAUGUUUCUAGACUUGCAUAUUUGCAGGUGAAACAUGAAGCUGAACUGUCACUAAAAUACAUGGAAUCCAUUUCUGCUGUUGAUAGCUUCCAAGCACUUUUUAUGACAAAAGUGCCGUUCACUAGAAAGUUUGAUCAUAUAUUUCAUGUCAGUAAGCUGUCCCAUUUGCAGUCCUGCUGCAAGCAAUUUGACGUGGAAGACUCCGUUUCUGAUCAUGGUGGCGACUUUGUAACUGCUGUCCUCCCUUCUAUUGUGGAGAUAUUGGAGAAAGGAACGGGUAAACGAAUUAAGCUCUUUGGUAUGCACCAACCGCCACACAAAGAGUGGUCUGUGAAUGAAAAGCCUCCUCAUUGGAAAGAUUUGACCCAUUUGACCUUUGGCCUCUUACUUGACCCUGAAUACAGCAUGAGAGUACUUGACAUGGGACCCCCGGCAGACUCACAAGAAGCUGCUGAUUUCAGGCAAUUCUGGGGUAAUAAAGCUGAGUUGCGUCGAUUCCAGGAUGCUAGUAUUUGUGAGGCUGUCGUGUGGCCAUGCAUGACAAUGGCAGAUAAAAGACUUGUCUGCAACCAGAUUAUUGUACACCUACUUAAAUUGCAUGCUGGGAUACCCCCAGGUUGCAUCACCUACCUCGGCGGCCAUCUUGAUUCAUUGCUACGACAACCACAAGAUGAAAAGCAUAAACCUGCAAAAAAGUCUCGGAAGGAGCUAUCAGGAACGGGAGAUGAAGAAAAUUUAGCUGUCAUACAUGCUUUUGAUUCAUUGAAUAAAAAACUAAGAGGACUCAAAGACUUGCCGCUGAGUAUAGCAUCUAUACAGGGAACUUCACCUGUAUUCAGAUAUGCCCAGGUUUUCCCGCCCAAUGUUCUACACAAACCUGCCAGUAGAGGGCUACGACUGCAGGGAUAUAUCCAGUGUCCAUUACCCCAUACACCCAGCCAAUGGGUUCCUGUGUUAAAGGUGAUUUGUACCAUGGAGCGCAGUGGUAAGUGGCCAGACGAUCUAUUAGCGAUUCAGCGCAUCAAAGCAGCAUUCCAUAUAAGGUUAUCUCAGAUGCUACACAAAGAAUAUAAAGUCGUCACAGCAGCCACUGAUAAAUUUGUUGAUGCUUUUGUGGAUGGUUUUGUUUUCCGCAUUCAUGUUGCUUAUCCUAGGGAGGUUGUAUUAUUGAAACAAGAAACAACUCCCCAAGGUUUGUUGCAGUUAAGGGACACCACUCAGUCUUUAGAGUUGGAAAAAGAAACCAUAUCUCUUCCUAAAUUGACAUCGGCUUUACAUAGUAUUCAUCAGUCAAAUCCGACCUUCAGUGGUACAGUGAGACUCGCCAAACGCUGGGUGUCAUCGCAUCUAUUAUACUCGUAUUUGAAGGAAGAGGCGAUAGAAUUACUUGUUGCACACCUGUUUCUGAACUCUGCCCCUUUCACAGUACCAGGAUCACCAGUUGUUGGAUUUCUUCGUUUUCUGCAUCUCCUUGCCAACCACGAUUGGAUCAAUAAUCCACUUAUUGUUAAUAUCAGUGACAAUUACAAAGCUGGAGAUCAUGAUGACAUUCUUGAGAAGUUCAAGUGCGACAGAUCCCAGCAUCCUGCUAUGUUUAUCAGCACACCGCUGUAUAAAUUGUCGUCGCCGUGGACAACACCAGACCCCUCAACUCAGGUUUUACAACGUUUGAUCCUCUUGGCAAGGGAGUCACUCCAGUUAUUGGAACAGCAGAUGUCCGACUGUUACGAGCAACAACAGGAUUAUAAGCAAAUUUUCCGACCACCAGUGGGAGUUUAUGAUGUCAUUAUUCAUCUGAAGUCCAAGUAUCUAUCUAAAUGUGAUCACGCAAUUGACUAUGUCAGAGGAAAUGUAAUUGAAAAAUCACAAAAAGGAGAAGAUAACAGAAAAAUACUCCCGGUUGUGAACUUUGACCCUGCAGAGAAAUAUCUACAGGAACUGCAG